AUGGAGCUUGUUGCAAACUACGUAGACUACAAUGCUGCUAACAGUUUGGCCGCUGUACUGAGAUGGUGUGACACUGCCGGUUUAUACAUACUUCAGCAGCUGCCCGACCAGAAUGCAAAGGAAAAGCUCCAGGCAAUGUGGUUGAAAUCGGCUGUCAUGAGAAUGAUCAAAGUUGAAAUGCUGAUCCAUGGCACGGCUUGGGAAGACACUUUUGUCAACGGCGGUGGCAGUGGAACUGCAGUGCUCGUGAACCCAGUGCUCACACGACUGGGAAACACUAGCUACACACUCCAGACUGAGGUGUUUUUGGCAAGCGGGAUGCCGCUAGCAAGAGUGGAGACCGUCAUGGUGCAAUUGGAUGAAGAUCUCGAACGGCCUGUACCCGUGCCACGCGAGCAGCUAAAGCCUUUACUCCGUCCCUUGCCGGAACUUGCGGUGCCUUCUUUGGGACAGCCUCCUGCGUCAUGCUUUACAUGGACUGUCCAAGUCAGGCCAUCUGAUUGUGAUUUGCUGGGUCACAUGAACAAUUCUAGCUAUGCCGUUCUGUUUGAAGAUGCGAGGUGUGCUUCUUUGCGGCACACAGGAUCAGGAAUUGGCGCAACAGACUCACACGCGAGGGCAUCAAUCGAGUACAUUGCUCAAGCAAAAGCCUUCGAUGUCCUCGAAAUUGCGGUUUGGUGGGAUGCUGAGCGCCAGGCCUACGGCCUUUCCAUGCGUAACGCUCAAAGCAUCGUCGCUCGCGCUGCGCUGUUUCCAUUUCACGCCUCUCGUCUUUGA